UGCAGAGGUAAUCUGUAUCACUAUGUUUACCCGUCCCACCCACGAUCCCAAUUUUUACACUUCAGAUUGAAUCAACACAUUUCACCGUGUGUUUCGUUACAUUCGAAUAGACGACGAUAACGGGACGAUAACGGUCGUGACACCAAUGACGUAAAGACACAAUCCCACCUCCGCAACACUCCACUUCCCCUUUUCGAAUCCGGCAGUUUGUUUUGUUCAACUCCCCCGCCCUCAUCUCUCCAAACUCAAGCUUGUCAGAAAUCUUGACAAAAAAAUGGCCCCCCAACUCACCCGCACUCAGAUCCUGGAGAAGCUGCGCGGCCAAAUCGCCCAAGGCCAGACCAUUGUCGGCGCCGGCGCCGGCAUCGGUCUCUCUGCCAAAUUUGUCGAAGCCGGCGGCGGUGACCUCAUCAUCAUCUACAACUCCGGUCGCUUCCGCAUGGCCGGCCGGGGCUCCCUCGCCGGACUGAUGCCUUAUGGCAACGCCAAUGACAUUGUUGUUGACAUGGCCAAAGAAGUCCUCCCCGUAGUCAAACACACGCCCGUCCUCGCCGGCGUCUGCGGCACCGACCCCUACGUCUCCAUGCCGCGCUUCCUCGCCAAGCUGCGCGAUCUCGGCUUCGCGGGGGUCCAGAACUUCCCCACCGUCGGGCUCAUUGACGGCGAAUUCCGCGCCGCCCUCGAAGAGACGGGCAUGGGCUACGACUUGGAGGUGGAAAUGAUUGCGCUCGCGCGGUCCAUGGACCUCCUCACCACGCCCUAUGUCUUCAACGUGGAAGAAGCCAAAAAGAUGGCGAGCGCGGGGGCGGAUAUCCUGGUGGCGCACAUGGGACUGACGACGGGCGGGUCGAUUGGCAAAGGGGAGAAGAGUCACGGGACCAAGAGCCUGGAUGAUUGUGUGAGGCUGAUUCAGGACAUCAGGAAUGCGGCAAAGGAAAUCAACCCGGAGGUGAUUGUCUUGUGCCAUGGUGGGCCGAUUGCGAAGCCGGAGGAUGCGGAGUAUGUGCUGAGCAGGACGGAGGGGGUGCAUGGGUUUUAUGGAGCGAGCUCUAUGGAGAGGCUGCCGGUUGAGGAGGCAAUCACGAACAUUACAAAGAGUUUCAAAGCGUUGAAGGCGGGGAAGUAGGCGGGUAUCUGUCUUUGAUUGAAAUCGCCCCAAGUUGGAGUGCUCACGGGAGAUAACAGCGACAAAGGAAGAAAUUUGGUAGAGAUACACACUUUUUGGAAUGAAAUUUAGCUGGAUACAUAAGUCAUAACAUCGGAACAAAUCGUAGGUAGGUUGCAGAUCAGUCCUAACCACUCACUGUCCUC